CCCCUGCCCACCGCAGCAUGCAAUAUCCCGGCUGCGACUCCUCACUUUUGCGGUGCUUGAGAACUCUGCUCUGAACUGCUUUCAUAUUCAUCGCCUGCAUGCCUCUCUGAUCGCCCCGUUCUCCCACUCAAUCUACUUGCUACGAGGAGAUCUAUUGCUGGAGAUCUCGAAAAGAAGCAAUUAUCCUCGUCGCCAAUCCCUGCAGGCAAUCACAGGACUCUCGAACAAAACUCGAAACACACACCCGGGGAGUUUGCCAACCUUCUGGUAGGCGCCUCGUAAGGCUGGCCACUUUUUGACAUUUCUCAGCGGAGCUAGAACACAUCUAUUGCUCUCCUCCUAGCCUGCGACCCUCUGUUCCGGUCAAUUCCUAAGCAUUUAAGGGUGAAUUCUACUUUACGUCGAUGACUACUACAACGGCUUCUUCCGCAAGCUUUGCUCCUGAGUCUCCGCCGUCAGGUUUGUCCUUUGCGAGUCGACUCCGGCGCCUGAGCCAACUUCGAACCCAUCAUACCCACAACCCCAACUCCCCUCACUCUCCAACUCAAUCAUCACGUUCCAACCGGUACAGCCUGACACGUGCCGUCGGAUUGGCCCUUUCGCCUCACUCUCCAGUCUUUGAUACCGCCGCUGACCAUCUCACCCACGAUCUUCAACCGACCGUUUCUACACGGUCGGCUCCUGAACCACGAGACUCCCAUGCUAGCGGCAACACUAACGACGUUGGUAUGAAUCAUCGCGAAGCGAGUGGAUCCUCCAGCUCCUCAGAAGACCGCUCCGACGUGUCUUCCCACUCUUCCCGAUCGACCCCGGCAAACGAGGCAGACAUUAGACCAUCGGAUCCUAUGCGGCUGCGGGUGGCGUCAACCGACGCUUUCAUGGCCCAACAAUUUUCCUCACCUCCAACUACAUCGGGCCCUGCCGACGAGUCACAUACUUCCCCACCGGCUACUUCAGAGUCCUACCCCAACGGUUCAACUCAGCAAGACUCCACUCAUAUGACAGUUGACGCCACUCCCAGUAGCAUAGGACCUGCCAAAGCUCGUUCACGACCCACUAUCCGAUUGAUCCCUCACCAUGCCCAGUACUCGAGACCAUCCUUGCCGUUUACUCCAAUAUCUCGCACAAUGCCCGACGACGAUUGCAUUAUCAAAGUGGGCAGGUACUCGGAACGUGACGGCGUACCAGUUGCAAACCCAUCUAAACCGUCAGCCGCGCCAGUUGGGUUUAAGUCCAAAGUUGUUAGCCGGAAGCACUGUGAAUUUUCAUUCGUGAAUGGACAGUGGCACAUCAAAGAUGUUGGUAGCUCUUCUGGGACAUUCCUUAACCACAUGCGCCUGAGCCAGCCAAACACUCCGUCAAGAUUAUAUGCUGUACGAGAUGGUGAUGUUAUACAACUAGGUAUUGAUUUCAGAGGCGGAGAAGAGAUGAUUUUCAGAUGCGUCCGGAUCCGCAUCGAGUGCAAUCGGACAUGGCAGCGUGGGCCAAAUGAGUUCAAUAAAAACACAGAAAGUCUUAUUAACAGCCUUGGGAAAGGUGCUGAUGCAGACUACAAAGGCUGCAGGGAGUGUUCUAUUUGUCUCAAUUCAGUUCUGAGACCUUAUCAAUGUCUUUUCAUGGCGGCUUGCGCACAUGUGUGGCACUACAAAUGCAUCCGCAGAUUGAUCCAUACUCCUGAAUAUCCCAUGUUCCAGUGCCCCAACUGUCGAGCUUAUACGGAUUUGAGUGCUGAUGUAGACGAUACGAAUGACAUGGGUGAUGAAGACGAGGAUGGCCCUAUCCAUUCACAGGACCACCCAGCUAUAGAGGCACCCUGCGCUUCUCUAAACGCUGUUGCAGACCAAGCUUCUGGGAUAGGUGACUGUCAACCGGACGGCCAAAUCCCACUCAACAGCCACCGCUCUAGCGAACUUGAAGGAGUGCACACCGCUCAAGACGUGUUCCAUGACGCCCCAGACGUGCCUUCCGAAGAGGCAAACCCGGAGUCGGACGAUUCUCUUACGAGAAACGUGCAGAGCGAGUCGAUAGACGAAAUUGCACGCACUCCGAACAUUGAUAUUCCUCGCAGAAAUUUCUCGCGCACUGUAGAUCAGGCCACACAAAACCGACUCGCAGCCUCAACUGGCGCUUCGCCUAUCGUUCGCGAUAAUUUCGAAGAUUGCCCUUUGACCCCUAGAAACGAUCUAGGCCCGCUGGCAUUAGAUGGCCGCGCGGGCCGAUUGUAACGCUCAUCUCCAAAGGUUAUCAGUACCCUACCAUACUGUUCUUUUGGACGUCUUUUCGACGCUCGUCCGUACGAUACAUUCGCCUAUCUACACAUUCUUGGUAAUUGGGACUGCGGCGCAUCGUGACUUUUUCAUUUUAAAUUUCUUUCUUUUCUCUUUUACACUUGCCCGUGGUAGCGUUUUAAGUGGUUUUGCAGCUUCCCACCGGGAGGCGUUCACGGAGUGCUGGAGUUCCAAUCAUGCAUUGGAAGGCUCUUUACGGCAUCCAUCGAGAGAGCAUAUGGUUUUUUGAAGGAACCGAUACAACUCUGAGGAGUUGAUGACUGUAGUUUAUACCUAAUUCUUGCCUUGUUGAAGUCGGUACUCUAUACUCCGUAACCAUAGUUUAUCUAUUUGGUCAUUGGAUAACA